AUGAUGUUCCCUUCGUUACUUUUGCUGCUGGCGGCCUCUGCGCUCAGCCAAGAUAUCGUUUACAACGCAGCUCAUAAUGUCACCGCCAUUACCGGCACCUGGAGCUCUGGUAGCCAGAGCGUGAUCACUGGAUCCGGCUUUGCUACGCCUUCACAAGAGGCGUUUACAUACCCAGCGACAACAGGGAUGUCAUAUUCUUUCAAUGGCUCUGUGCCAACCUGCAUCACUGGCGUCAUGAACUGGUCUCACGGCACAUACGUGCUCGCCUCCAACGGUUCCAUCGUCAUGACGCCAUUCGGUGACGGCUACCAACAAAUACAAGAUCCCUGCGCUGCCAUAUCCAACUUUAUAGAAAACUACAACUAUACCGAGCUCUACGUUCUCUGGAACAUAUACCAGGACCCAGUCAAGGGGUACACUCUCCAGCUCUAUCAGUACGACGGUUCCCCUCUGCCACCCCAAUACCUCGUCUCUACCUCCCCUAAUAUGCUCCCAACUCAAGCCCUUCGCAAUGUCACGUCAACCACAACGACAACCGCUACCGUUCAAAAUGCAGCAGUCCUCAAUGCUAAUGGUGGAGAGCGCAGAUGGGGAGGAGCGAGUCUCACAGGGCUGCUUACGGUGAUUUCAGGUCUUGGACUAGCGUCUCUACUACUAUAG